AUGUGGCAACAGUGUCCGGAUUUGACGGCCCCAACUAACGGAGCGCGGACACCCACAACCGGUUCAAACUCCUACCAGAACACGAUCAACUUCAGCUGUAACACGGGAUACGUACUGAACGGCGCUACUUCCGCAACAUGCCAAGCUGACGGAACAUGGAGCAACCCUGUACCAACAUGCACACCCAGAGGAUGUCCACCGUUGACGGCCCCAACUAACGGAGCGCUGAAUCCUGCCGGACCAUACGCCUACCCGAACCAGGUUACAGUCACCUGUAACUCGGGAUACGACUUGGAUGGAGUCACUCCCGUGAGGUGCCAAGCUGAUGGAACAUGGAGCAACCCUGUUGGAACAUGCAGACGCAGAUGUUCCGAGUUGACGGCCCCUACUAACGGAGCACGGACGCCACCUGCCGGAUCGAACUCCUUCGGGAAUACAGUAACGUUCACCUGUAACUCGGGAUACACACUGACCGGAGUCUCUCCUGUGACAUGCCAAAAUGACGGAACAUGGAGCAACCCUGUUCCAACAUGCACAGCCAGACAAUGUAAUGCGCUGACGGCCCCAACUAACGGAGCGCUGAGUCCUCUCGCACCACACAACUACCCUGCCACGGUUAUGUUCACCUGUAAUGCGGGAUACGUACGGAACGGCGCUCAAACAACGGUGUGCCAAACUGACGGAUCAUGGAGCAAUCCUACCCCAACAUGCACACCCAGACCAUGUAAUGCGUUAUCGGCCCCAGCUAACGGAGCGCUGAGUCCUGCCGCACCGCACAACUACCCUGUCACGGUUACGUUCACCUGUAACGCGGGAUACGUACGGAACGGCGAUCAAACUACGACGUGCCAAACUGACGGAUCGUGGAGCAACCCUACUCCAACAUGCACACCCAGACAAUGUAAUGCGCUGACGGCCCCAACUAACGGAAGGCUGAGUCCUCCCGCACCACACAGCUACCCUGCCACGGUUACGUUCACCUGUAACACGGGAUACGUACGGAACGGUGCUCAAACUACGACGUGCCAAGCUGACGGAUCAUGGAACAACCCUACUCCAACAUGCCAACCCGGACAAUGUUCAACGUUGACGGCCCCAACUAACGGAGCGCUGACUCCUCUCGGAGCGACGUCCUUCGGGAAUACAGUAACGUUCACCUGUAACUCGGGAUACACACUGAACGGCGCGACAACAUCGACGUGCCAAGCCGGGGGAGCAUGGAGCAACAAUGUUCCAACAUGCACGCCCAGACCAUGUCCAGGGUUGACGGCCCCAGCUAACGGAGCGCUGAGUUCUCUCGGACCGUACGCCUACCCAAAUUCUGUUACGGUCACCUGUAACUCGGGAUAUGACCUGGAUGGAGUUACUCCCGUGAGAUGUCAAGCUGAUGGAACAUGGAGCAACCCUGUUGGAACAUGCAGACGCAGAUGUUCCGCGUUGGCGGCCCCAACUAAUGGAGCACGGACGCCCCCUACCGGAUCGAACUCCUUCGGAAAUAUUCUGACGUUCACCUGUAACACUGGAUACAUACUGAACGGCGCUGCGUCUGCGACGUGUCAACCCGACGGAACAUGGAGUAAUACUCCCCCAACGUGCACGCCCAGAUCAUGUCAAGUGUUGACGGCCCCAACUAACGGAGCGCUGAGUCCUGCCGCACCGCACAACUACCCUGCUACGGUUACGUUCACCUGUAACCCGGGAUACGUACGGAACGGCGCUCAAACUACGACGUGCCAAGCUGACGGAUCAUGGAGCAACCCUACUCCAACAUGCACAGCCAGGCAAUGUCAACCGUUGACGGCCCCAACUGACGGAACGCUGAGUCCUGCCGCACCACACAACUACCCUGUCACGGUUACGUUCACAUGUAACACCGGAUACAUACGGAACGGCUUUGAAAAUACGGUGUGCCAAACUGACGGAUCAUGGAGCAACCCGACUCCAACAUGCACACUCUCGCAGAUUCCACCUCCGUUAAACCCCCUCUGCCCUUAUCCGGUCGACCUGGUCUUCCUCUUGGACAGCUCGGAGAGUUUCAGGACGAGCGGUUUCGAGGAUGCAAAGGCCUUUAUCAUGAACGUCGUCAACUAUUUCACACUGGCAGAAAACGACACAAGGGUCGGUGUUGUUACGUUCAGCAACGCUGACGCGCAGAUCACACGCAUCAAACUCAACGAAAAUUACACCAGAGUUGAGCUCUUGACUGAGAUUCGAAACAUUCCAUACGACAGAGGGCAUACCUUCACCGGACUUGGUCUCGAUCACGUGCGUAACAAUUCCUUCCUCGAAGUAAACGGCCGGCGAAAUAGUACACCUGAUUUCUUGGUGGUGCUAACCGACGAUAACUCCGAGGACAGUGUCACCGUACCAGCGCAGUUGGUACGUCAGAUGGGCAUCACCGUGUUUUCUGUGGGAGUCGGCACGGAAGCCGACAUCGAUCAAGCUACUCUAGUGAAUAUCGCUGGUGACCCAGCCAGGGUGUUCAGACUGGACGACUUUGACCAACUUGUUGAUGCAAUCCACCCGAAAAAUAUAAGGGAGACCAUUUGUAACGCCAGUAACCUGUGCGACCCGCACCCGUGCCACGCCAUGGCCACCUGCCGACAGUUCGGGGGAACCUUUACCUGCACGUGCAACGUGGGAUACGUCGGAGACGUUGUCCAAUGUCCUGCCCUGACGGUACCAGCGAACGGUGCGCUGAGUCCUCAAAACAGACGUCAGUACCAAGAUCAGGUCACGUUCACCUGUAACACCGGGUACACCCUGGCCGGCCAAAACAGCAUUACCUGCCUUGUAACUGGUGACUGGAGUGCAACUCCGCCGACAUGCAACCGUAAGUAA